UUGUUAAUGAGUUACCAAGAUUUUCUGAUGAGCAAUCGGCAAUCUAUGAGUCCAAAACCAUAGAGGCAUAGACCACCCUUUCAAGUUUCAAAUUCAAGCCGCUGAGGAUACUGGGAAAUGAAAGGUCAAUUUUCAACUGCCAUAACUACCAAAUAUCGUUUUGCUUCAGCACUUUACUAAAAACUUUAGUCAGCAAUGUCCUCCUUAACUCAUUGUCUCUCUCCUACCCCAGUCUGCCUUUCAAGUUCAUCCUCCUUUCCUGCCCUCUCUUCUCUCCCAACCCACCAACAUCAAUUACAUCCUCUGCAAAAAACCCCCUUGCAUUUUUCUACAACUACAACUUUCUCUCUAAAACCCACCUCAGAACUCCGCUCUAAGGAGUCAUGGGUGCACAGCCUUCGCUCUCAAGCGCGUUCCGGGCUUCUUUUAGAGGCCAUUUCCACCUACAUUUCGAUGUUAGUGGCGGGGAUAUUACCCGACAACUUUAUUUUUCCAGCCAUUUUAAAGGCUUGUGCGGAUUUUGAAGAUCUUAAUUUCGGGGCCCAAAUUCAUGCCCAGGUGCUUAAAUUUGGGUAUGGUUCCAAAUCAACUACUGUAGAUAACACCCUUGUGAAUAUGUAUGGGAAAUGUGGAGAUGUUAGGGAUGUGUAUAAGGUGUUUGAUAAAAUGUCUGAGAGAGAUCAGGUUUCUUGGAACUCCAUCAUUUCGGCGUUGUGUAAGCAUGACAAGUUGGAGGAUGCUUUGGAGGCGUUUUGGUUGAUGCAAACGGAUAAUGUUGAACCUAGCUCUUUUUCGUUGGUGAGUGUAGUAUCUGUUUGCGGGAAUUUGAGCGUUGUUGAUGGGUUGAGGCUUGGCAAACAAGUUCAUGCAUAUAGUUUGAGAAAAGGUUAUGUGGCAACGUAUACAAUGAAUGCCUUGAUGGCCAUGUAUGCAAAAUUGGAGAAGCUUGAUUAUGCUAAAUCUUUGCUUUACAAUUUCGAGGAUCGGGAUUUGGUCUCUUGGAAUACUAUUAUAAGUUCAUUCUCACAAAAUGAUCGUUUUACAGAAGCAUUAGGCUUUUUCAAGUUUAUGGUAAAUAAAGGGGUUAAGCCCGAUGGAGUAACAAUUGCUAGCAUUUUACCAGCAUGUUCGCAUUUGGAGUUGUUGGAUUUAGGAAAAGAAAUUCAUGCUUAUGUGAUGAGAAAUAGAGACUUAAGUGAUAAUUCCUUUGUAGCUAGUGCUUUGGCUGACAUGUAUUGUAAUUGCAAACAGGUUAGGAGUGGUCGCCGAGUCUUUGAUAAUACCCAGGUGAGAAAGAUAGCUAUUUGGAAUGCUAUGUUAGCUGGUUACGCACUAAAUGGUCAGUUUGAGAAGGCGUUGAUGCUUUUUAUUGAAAUGCUGGAAGUUGCUGGGUUCAUUCCCAAUCCCACCACUAUGGCAAGUGUUUUACCAUCUUGUGUACAUAGUCAAGCAUUCUUAGACAGAGAAGGUAUACAUGGUUUUGUAAUUAAAUUGGGUUUUGGGAGGGACAUUUAUGUACAAAAUGCUCUUAUGGAUAUGUACUCUAGGACAGGAAAAGUUGAAAUUUCAAAAAAUAUAUUUGACAGCAUGGACCAUAAAGAUAUUGUCUCUUGGAACACGAUGAUAACUGGCUGUGUCAUUUGUGGACAUCACACUGAUGCACUUUUGCUGCUUCAUGAGAUGCAGACACUUAACAAAAAGGAACAUAGUGAGCAGGGAAAUCAGAAUGAUAUAAGAAAUCCUUGUAGAGCAAAUUCAGUUACUCUUAUGGCAAUUCUUCCAGGUUGUGCCUCCCUUUCAGCACUGGCUAAAGGGAAAGAGAUCCAUGCUUAUGCCAUGAAAAAUAAUAUGGCAUCAGAUGUUGCUGUUGGAAGUGCGCUAGUUGACAUGUAUGCAAAAUGUGGGUGCUUAACUUUAUCAAAGAGAGUAUUUGACCAUAUGCCAAAGAAGAAUGUGAUAACGUGGAAUAUGCUUAUCAUGGCUUAUGGUAUGCAUGGGCAAGGGGAAGAAGCACUAGGUUUCUUCAGAAAAAUGACUGCUGAGGUUUCGCAGGGUAGUGAGGUGAAGCCCAAUGAAGUUACAUUUAUCGCUCUUUUUGCAGCCUGCAGCCACUCUGGCUUGGUGAAUGAAGGGCUAAAUCUUUUUCACAGUAUGAGAGAUGAUUAUAAGAUCAAUCCUACAUCUGAUCACUACGCUUGCUUGGUGGACUUGCUUGGUCGAGCAGGUAAACUGGAAGCUGCAAAUGAACUCAUCAAUAACAUACCUGCCCAAUAUGAUAAAACAGGUGCUUGGAGCAGUCUGCUGGGUGCUUGUCGGUUGUACAAGAACGUAGAGCUGGGGGAGAUUGCUGCAAGGACUCUCAUUCAAUUAGAACCACAUAUAGAUAGCCAUUAUGUUUUACUUUCUAAUAUCUAUUCGUCUGCUGGGCUUUGGGAGAAGGCAAUGGGAAUCAGGAAUAAUAUGAAGCAGAUGGGAGUUAAAAAAGAACCUGGAUGCAGUUGGAUUGAAUUCGGCGAAAAGGUCCAUAAAUUCCUUGCAGGGGAUACAUUGCAUCCACAAAGUGAGCAGCUUCAUGGUUUUAUUGAAGACUUGUCAGAAAGGAUGAAAAAGGAGGGCUAUGUUCCUGACACUUCCUGUGUUCUUCACAAUAUUGAUGAAGGGGAAAAGGAGAGCUUAUUAUGUGGGCAUAGUGAGAAAUUGGCAAUAGCAUUUGGCAUCUUAAACACACCUCCUGGACGUACAAUUCGUGUUUCCAAAAACCUAAGAGUUUGUAAUGAUUGCCAUACAGCUGCAAAGUUCAUUUCUAUGAUUGAGAAGAGAGAGAUUAUUCUUCGAGAUGUCAGGAGGUUCCACCAUUUCAAGGAUGGAAUUUGUUCUUGCAGAGAUUACUGGUGAAUAAUGCUUUAUAUUUCUUUCCCAUUCAUCCCCUAAUAUGUGAGAUCACACUUAAUGUAUUGUUCUAUCUGUACAUUGUUGUACUAAGUGUAUAAAAACAUUCAAUCUUUUAUUGUGACGACUGGUAUCUAGACGUGGACAUAAAUAACGCAGUGUCAAAAUUGUUGGUGGACAA